AUGGAGCGUGCUGGAAGCAAGGAGUGGAGCAGCACCGGAGAGUCAAGAGAAGUGGACUGCCAGAUGUCCAGCCAGCCAAGCACGUCCUUUGCAAAGAGCCCGGCAAAGGGGAAAAAACAAAGAAACACAGUGAAAGAUAAUGAUUGUAAACCAAAGGAGGAAGCAGGAGAUGCUGAGACUCCAAGACCCGCUCGAAGGAAGGUACCAAUUCCUCCUCUACCGGCCCAUCUGCCCCCAGUGAACCUGAUUCACCGAGAUGUUUUGCGGGCAUGGUGCCAGGAAGUGAAGUUGAGCAGCAAAGGCCAGAAAUUAGAUGCUUAUAAACGACUCCUUGCAAGGGCUUUCCCAGAUCAAAUGCCCGAUUUAAAGAACGUUCCUGACACACCCAAAGAGGCCAGAGUGAAGACAUUUCGAAAGAAAAUGAAGACAGAGGAGGGCGAGGUGCCUUGUCCUCAGAUGGCAGUUCCCCUUGAAGUGGUCCCUGUCCCUGUACCCGAGGGGCAGGUACCUGCCCUUGCUGAGCCUCCCGUCCUCUAUGAAGAAGUCAGCACCACUGUUGUGACCACAACUGCCUCGGAGGCCGUGUUGGCAUCGUGGGCCAGAAUUGCAGCCAAUGCUAAGAAAAAUGAGGCAGUGCCAUCCACGGCAACAUCAGAGACCUAUGGGGAAAUGUGGUGUGUGGUUCACGGGCGAAGCCUUCCUGCAAACUCAAGCGGUUGGGUUCAGCUGCAGUUCCAUGCUGGACAGGCCUGGGUCCCUGAGAAGAAAGGGAAAGUGAUUGCCCUCUUCCUGCUUCCGGCCUGCAACUUUCCACCCCCACACCUGGAGGACAACAUGCUGUGCCCCAAGUGUGUUCACAGGAACAGGAUCUUAAAUAAGAGCCUCCAUGGAUAAAGGGAAGAUCUCUUAGGUUUGGGCUAGCUGCUGUCAUAGCCCACUCUGGUGGAGUGGUCUACGGAACUGCAGCCAAGACAGAGACUGAUGGAAACCCGAAUCUAUGCCCUGGAAGAUGCCCAUAUCACCCAGAAACUGUGGGACAUUGUUCACUAAUUGUUGCUGUAGUUCGAGCAGCUUGAGAAAAGAACCAGUGAAGCCACCAAGACGCAAUGGUUCCACCUCUGUUCAUUGUGAUGACUAGGUUUAAGUGGCUAUACCUCCUCCUAUUGUGUGAAGAUGAGAAAGUAUCCUACGGGUUUUGCUGCAAUGAGGUCCUGGGGCAGGAAUAUGACAUCUCCAGAUAUAGUACUCAGAUAUAGUACUGCUUGUCCUGUCUCCAGCACAACAGGGUCUUGGCCAGUUCUGUGGU